AUGAAUGAAAUUUUGAAGCAACUUUCUGAAAUUCCGAAAGGAAAAGCAAUUCCAAAUGCGGAUAAAACGAUUAGUCGCUCAUUAUACCUUCUUCAUGAGGAAAUGUUGGCUUCAAAAGAGCCAUUUUCCAAAGAUAUUGAAGAUAUUUUAUUAAAUCUUAUCGUUGCCAACGAAAGACAACUAAGCCCAGUGACCGCAAAUGCAAUAGGCAUUUGCUUGCUAGCUUAUUUUAAAUCAAUGAAGUCUCCAGAUUUUUGGAAAUUUUUAUCUAUAAUUUCAGAUGAAAUUCAAGCAUACAAUUUAACUGCAAUUGUUAUUUUAGGCAUACUUUCAAAAGGAGUCGGCAGUUCCUUUAAGGCGCAAUUAUCCACUCACAUUACAACUCUUUCUAAUUCACCACAUCCAUCACAAUUUCCUUACAUAUGCCAGUGUUUCAGAAGAAUACUUUCUGGAACUGGAGACUUCCUAAUUCGAUCAAUUCCACAAAUUUUUGUUUUUAUUAGACGAUGCAUUACAGCAACAGCAGAAAAUCUUCGAAAUGAAGCAAUAAAGACGAUCCCCGUAUUACUUACUCAAGCAAAAAUUGAUUUUCUCAAAUUAUUACCUGUAAUUACUCCAACAAUCCAUACAGAAACAUUAACAUCAAGAUAUAUCGUCGGAAAAUCCUUAGGCAAGUUAUUGUACCACGCUUCUAGCAACGAAAUUUCUUUUAUUACAAAAAAUUAUUUAACCUUGCUACAAAACGAAAAAUACGUACAAACUGUAUGCGCAUCCAUGUUUACAGCAUUUAGGUUCUUCGAGCCUAUUUUCUUAGUCUCAAAACUCAAAACAAUUUCGAAAUUUUUAUACAAUGUUUCUCUUUUGAAAAUCGGCAUUAAUUCCAUGAUGCCCAUUACACAGUCAACAUUAAAAUCCGUUUUCUCAGUCUGUGGCUCCACUUCCGGCAAAUCAAUCUGCCAACAUUUAGUAGAAAUGAUUCCUGAAGGUAAAGUCACCAUUCCCAACGCAUUAGUAUUAAUUACAGCCCUGCAGCAUUGCGAAGUACCGCAUAAAACUCUUCAACAAGGACUAAGAUUAACUUAUACAUUAUUAGAAUGCAACAUCAAGGAAAUACAGAAGAUUGCCAUCUCUUUCUUUGGUUCUCUCAACCAGAAAGAUCCGAAAGUAGCCAAUCUCUACUUAGAAACGUUUUUAGUUUUGAUAUCAGAUGCGAAAGAGAAAAAUUCGCUGAUGGGAUACUCAAAUACCAUUUCUCUACUCGCAAAUACAAAGAACGCUGCUAAAAUACAACCUGUUGUAAUUAAUCUCAUGAAUAAUGGAACAAUUGAUUCCCAAAAAGUGUCAGCAGCUUUUUCAAUGGCUACAGGAUUGGCCGCCAUCAACCAAAUAUCAGAUGAUAUCUGUCAAACCGCUGUCAAAUUGAUAAAUUCAAUGAAACCGUUGUUAAAACUGUCAGUUUCUCAGAAAUUAUCAAUUAAAUACAUUUCUGCAUUUCUUUUAGCAUGCAGGACUAAUACAACAGUUCAGAGUUGUAUUCCACAGUUUAUUUCUAAUAUUUUACAUUGUUUAACUUUAUUUUCUGCAUCAACAACAUUUUGUAUUUGGUCAUUGAUACAAAACAUGAAUUUAUCUGAGCAAAUGUCUCAGUUGUUUUUAUCGGCAGCGGUUGUUUCCGUUAGCAAUUUAUUUAAUAUUGAAACUUUUGAAAUUGAUUCGGUUUUGUCACCUUUUUCGAACGAUACAGAUUUAACGAGUAUAAUGUUUGGCACGAAAAUAACGAAUAGUUUUUCUUCUAUUUUUACAAACCAUUUACAUUUGAAUGGUAUGACACACAGAGAUGGCUGUUGCAGAAUAAUUAUCGAAUCUUUUCCGUCAAUUAUAAGAAAAACUAAAAAAGAAAAAGUGACACAAAUAAUUGAGUCACUUUUUAUUGGUCAAAACGAUAACCAGAUUGGAGGAAAACUUAUGUUGAUCAGGUCAUUGCUUCAGAAGAAGUCAACAUUUGGUUUUCUGCCAAAUGACACUUUGCCAAAACUUUUUACGAUUAAAUCCGAUUCAAAUUCGGUAAAAAGGAUUGCUAGUGGUUGUAUUUCGAGAUUUUUAUCUUUCUAUCCAAUGCUGAUUAAACCAACAUUGGAAUCUCUCGAGAAAUCGAAGAAAUCUUUUGAUUUUGCGCUGUUAACAAUUGCCGAAUCAGCAAAUCUUUUCGUACAAGAGAAAAUGACUGAAAGAUGUUUGAAAUUAAUAAUGCAAAUAGUUGCUCAACAAUCUUCUCCUGAAGCAAUAUUCGCAUUAUCAAAUCUUGUGAAGUUUUCUACUGAUAAAUUCUUGGUUGAAGCAAUUGAAGAUGUUUUAUAUGGCGGUUUUGUCACUUCACCUCCAGAAAUUUGCCAAUUUGUCAAUUUAUUACAAAAUUCAAAGGAAAAUGAAAAUUCAAUAGUUUACAAAGCUGCUGUUAAUUGUUUAUUGAAUUUCUUUACAAUGAAAAGUUCAUCACAAAUCUUGUCAGCGAAUUUGUUGAGAAACAAUUCAUAUACAAAAGAAAUUUUGUUGCCAAAACUGAGUCUAAAGACUUAUCCAUCACUUUUCUUGUUGAGUUUGCAGUAUAAUAAGACAAAAGAAAUAAUUUCACAAGUUUUCAUGUUGCAACAACAAUUAUCAACAAGAAAAGUGACAGAUGCAAUUAUUUCAUUGUUUGACACUUUUCCUAUCAUUGCAGAAUGGACAGAUUUAUGCAAGCGAGUUAUUCUUACGAAUUGCGUUCCUCCUUCUGAACGAAAAGGCGACAACAGAGUUUCUCCGACUCGUUUUGUUUUGAUUGCUGCAAUGACUGUUUGUUCUUUACUUGCAAAAACGGUUAGAAAAGAAUUUCCAAGCGGUUUGCCAUGUGUUGAUGAUAUUAUUUCCAUUGCUUUCAACUCUGUGCAGAUGAAGGACACAAAAAUCGAUUCACACGCGUUUUCUAUCGCGUCAACAGUCAUAAGAGAAUUUUCUGACGUCGCAAACAAUGAUGGACCAUUUUUGGCACUUUUCACUGCACAAUUUCAUCUGAUGUUAAGUCAUGCAUUGGAGGAACAAAGGAAAUUCCUAUCUGUAGCGGAUUUCGUGCUGGAUUACCUUACUUUCCUAAAACUUACUGAUACAGAACAAGUCGCAAAAAGAGUGUCAAAAUUAAAAGUGACAAAAUUAAAUUGUUUGACUUUGGCAAGGUUGACUUCACUUUUGAUUGAAAAAUCUCCACAAUCGAAACGCGAAAUUAUUCCUAUAUUUGUAAAUUCGUCAAGUGAAGUAAUGAAUUCAUGUUUGAAACAAGAAAUCAAACUGAAAGAUUUCGACAACCAAAUUCUACAAUUUGCAAAAUGUAUUUUGGAUUAUAAUGUCGAAUUUGGCCGGCCAUUUUUACUUCUUCUUUUUGAGCAAAUCUCGUCAAUAAAAGAGGAUUUCGUGCUCGACGUCUGCUCAGCGUACGCUCAAAAGAAUUUGUUAAAACCGUUUGACAUUUUGUACGUUAUUUCUCAUGUCAAUCUUGAAAAAGUGACAAAACAAAACGAUAAAGAUUUUAAUGCUUUUUCGGAAAUAGACGAGAACGCGUACAAAGUUAUUUCUCCUCAAGAAUCAUCUUCAAAAAGUGAUUUCUUGAUCGCAGUGUCAAAUUCUGCCAAAGGUGUCACUUUUUCAGAAGUAAGAAGUCAAAUUUUAUUGAUUUCGACAAUGAAUCAGAACUUUACAGCACUUUCCAAUGUGAUCAAGAACUCAGAUGACAAAGAUUUCGCAAAAAUCCUUCCUUCAAUUUUUGACAGCGCAUGUAAAAGUGACAAUGAAUCUGCCAAAGCCAUUAUUACUAUUGUUUCCCAUUAUUCAUCGAUCCCUUUGAUAGACGGACUGAUAUCUCAUACUGUUGCAAAUUAUACAAUUGAAGAAACAUCUUAUUCUAUUUUGAUCCUUCUUAAAAGGUGUCAAAACCGUCAUUUAACUUGUUUAGAAGAAUUGGCCAAGAGAAUCAAAAUAGAGCUAAUUCCUCAUGGAAUACAGUUCCUUUGUUCCCUUCUUUCUGAUGAAAAAACAGUUAACUUUUGCCUGGAAAUUUGCAAACUUGGAGCAAUUGAUUAUUUAGAAGACGUAAUUGAUAUCAAAUCUGUUCCAAGAAUUUUGCAUUUCUUGAGAAUGAUUACCAAAAUUUGUCCUUCAAUGCAAACAGUCUCAACAAAGAUUUGCAUGAAAUGUUUGUCCAUGAUAAGUAAUAUUCCAGAUAGACAGAAAGUUGUUUCGAUUGGUACUUCUCUUCUCAAGGAAAUUCCACAAAAUAUUUUGAAUCUUUGUUUCGAAGAAUUUUCUGAAAAAGAAAAUUUGAUAAAAUGUUUGACUCCUCCAAAGAAAUUUACAUCGAAUAUCAAACUGAUUUCCUUUGGAACAGGAAAUUCAAGGAGAUCUCAGGAGAGAGGAGGCUGGCAAACAUUAACUGUUGGAGAUAGUGAUGAAAGUGAUUAA